AUGGCCACUGCCACCGCCACGGCCGUCUCCCCGUCGCCGUCCCUCCGCCCGUGCCUCCCGCGGCGCCAGCACCACCACAACCGCGCGCUCCCGCGCCUCCCAUUCCGGCAGCGGCCGUGCGUCCUGACCGCCGGCGACCGGUGGACGUGCGGCGCCAGGAGGCGGGUGCGGUACGAGGAAGAGGACGAAGACGAUGAGGAGGAGUACGGGCACAACGAGGAGAUGGCGCGGCUGGAGGCGUACAGCGAGGGAGCCCGCGGCCAGGCGCUCCUGGUGAAUGCCGCCGUCGACGGCGAGCUGGAGGUCGUGCUCGUCUUCAAGGGCUUCUCGUCGAGCUUGAGCGGGAGGACGGCGCCGGACCCGGCCAUGAGCGUGCUCCCGGAGAGGGCGGUAAUACAGUCGGUGGAUGUGGUGGAGGGGCCAUUUGACCCCAGCAACAUCGAGUAUAUCGAGAAGGAUGUGCCAUGGGAAGAGUUCAAGAGCCGCCUUCAAUAGCAACAGAAAAACAUGUUUUACUAGUAGAACUGUAGAUUUGUCGUUGCCUUUUUGUUGUUAGAAUAGCAAGAAAUAACUUAUGUUCACUUUUGGGAUCAAGGAAUGAAACUGCCAAUGUACUCUCAAAUGACCUAGAGAAAGGUUUGCCAUUGGAAGACUUGAAACAGA